AUGGUCGACGUACCUUUGACUAGCGGUUCUAUUGUAACUGUUCGCUUGCGCUUGCUGACGAGUACCGGCUCAAUCAUUUUGAGCAAUGAUUUUAGCCUAUUAACUCAUAAGGAGGCUACCCGAACAACUUUCAACUUGAUGACUAGCAAUGGCUCACCCAACAAUUCAAACAAGGAUCAUGGUCUGCUUGCACCGUUUUGGCUAUCAACACUGCGUGUAUAUGUUCUUCAAACCCCAGUGUCCUUCAGUCGAUAUAAUGUGCCUGCUGAAAUAGUUCGGCGUAUUCAGCUUAGCUCAAAGGGGUAUUUGCCAGUGAUAUAUAUUAACCCAAAUUUCCAAGCCUCAAAUGAUUGGUUAGAAGUCAACCAACCAUCUGAAAAUCGUCAAUUAGAAAUGGUUUUAUCCAUUGAACCACUUUCGAUUGGCCAUUUGCGCUUGCGGUGUAUGUUGGAGUCAGUGGCUGAUCAGUUACUCUCUUAUGGUAUAAAAUCAAAGGAGAUUGACGAGAUCCGUGGUAUUUUUUUUGACACCAAUUUAUACCUCCUGCUGACCACAUUAUUUGUUUCUGUUUUCCAUUUGUUGUUCAGUUUUCUGGCGUUUAAAAAUGAUAUUUCGUUUUGGCGUCGGUCAGAUAAUUCAGUUGGAAUUUCUUUACGAACUAUUGUUUGGAGAUUCGUCAGUUCCUUGAUUAUAUUUCUACAUUUAUGGGAGGAGAAAAGUAGCCUACUAGUUUCUGUUCCAAUGGGAAUAUCUACUUUAAUAGAAUUGUGGAAGUUAGGUCGAAUGACUAAAUUUUCUAUUAGUUUUUAUCAUGGUGUCCGAUGGGGUAAACGGUCGAAGGAGGAAGAAGCAACUGAUCAAUUAGAUGCACAAUUUAUGAGUUGGCUGAUGUAUAUUAUGAUUCCUCUUUGUAUUGGUGGUUCGAUUUAUUCCUUAUUUUAUUUACCACAUCGAAGCUGGUACUCUUGGUGUUUAGAGACUAUGGUUAAUGGUGUUUACGCCUUUGGAUUACUAUUAAUGACACCUCAGCUUUUCCUCAACUAUCGAUUAAAAUCUGUAGCACAUUUACCAUGGAAAGCAAUGACUUACAAAGCAUUCAAUACUUUUAUUGAUGACUUUUUCGCAUUCAUUAUCGUAAUGCCUACAUCACAUCGUAUUGCUUGUUUACGUGAUGACUUAAUAUUUUUAAUCUAUUUAUAUCAACGGUGGCUUUAUCCGGUAGACAAAUCACGUAUCAAUGAAUUUAGUCAAAUGACUGAUGACAAUUUUCAGUCAAGGUCUACUUCUAAUGUUACGAGUUCUAACAGUGAUAAAGGGAAACCUAAACUAGCAUGA